CAGCAGCGUCGCCUCACUCCUCUUCCUCGUUUUAAUGAAACUGCGAGCCGUCCUCUGCAUCCCGCUGCUGUGACAAAGUCCGAAGAGCUUCAAUCAGAGCGGGACUAAAGGUGUGUCCGCCCUCCUGCAUCCACAUGACUCGCGUCUUCGUCUACGGCACCCUCAAGAAGGGGCAGCCCAACUCCUACCGCAUGUUUGACAGCGGCAACGGUAGGGCGGAGUUCCUCGCCUCAGCCUGCACCACCCAGAAAUACCCGCUAGUGAUUGCCAGCAAGCACAACAUCCCUUUCCUCCUCAACAUCCCCGGCCAGGGUCACCGAGUCCAGGGAGAGAUCUACAGAGUGGACGACCAGAUGCUGAAAUUCCUGGACGCCUUUGAGGGAGUUCCCACCAUGUACCAGCGGACUCUGGUCAAACUGGAGGUGAAGGAGUGGGUGGGGGAGGCAGAGGGAGAGGAGAGGCCGUCAGCAGGAAGCAUCACGGAGGCGUUUGUGUACAGCACGACGGCGUACCAGCCCAACUGGCCCUCGCUGCCCAACUACGAGAGCUAUGACUCGUAUGGAGGUCACGGGCUCGAGUAUGUGACCAGAGAAGCACGAGACUGAUGUUGGAAUGAGACGAGGAGAUCCUGAGUAGAGCGCAAAUAUGAUCAAAGUCUUCUACCUCUGCAAAUCAGCCUCCAUAUCACUUGAAUGCUCUUAACUGUUGAUUUAGUUCUUUGCAUCAUUAGCGCAGGAGGCUUGUGUUGUGGUCCAGGUACUUCCUCUACGUACCGUAUCUUUAGAAACGACCCUCCUUCAUGGAUUUUAGCUGACGAGUCAGAGCAAGUAGAGCCAGUUCUGUGUGAUCAGUGGAGCUGAAGUACAAUGUUAGUUUGUUUUAAAGGAAACACAGCCUAAAUGGACAGAACCUCAACGUACACAGUCACAUAUGUAUAACGGGUGGUCUCUUCGCCACAUGGCUUUUCAGUAGCUAGCAGUACCUAAGUAAUAAUCCCUGUUAUGUUUUCUUAUCGCAGCCAAACGGAUAAAUUGAAAUCUCCUGAACAAAUGUGAAGUAGUGUGAAACACAUUGAAGGCUCGGUUAAGUUUCCUUGCAGAAAUAAAGGUGUGUAAACCAGACUUGUGAAACUGCAUUCUCAGGUUUCUGACAGCAAAGUUUACACUUUAUUGCAAUAACUGGAACUGUAAUUUAAGCUCUUGCUGUGCACGUCGUUCUCUGGUACUGUGUUGAAUUUUGCUGGUUCGCCAGUAGAGUCAAAAACUGUAAAUGUGUAGUCAGUUGACCUUCCUUUAUGAUCAUCAUCUUCCUCUGUGUCGUGUUUUCCUAAUCCCAGAUUUGUCCCUAUGAAUAACAGAUAAA